AAGAAAAUUAAAGCAAUGUCGUCAAACGUCGCCGUGCUUAGUGCCCUCGACAAUGCACGUACGCAGUGGUACCACGUGACUGCGAUCGUUAUUGCUGGAAUGGGUUUUUUCACCGAUGCGUAUGAUCUCUUCUGCAUCUCGACAGUCACCAAAUUGUUGGGUCGCCUCUAUUACUACGACGGAUCCUUGACCAAGCCGGGAAAGCUUCCUCAUGACGUCAACAAUUUCGUUACUGGGGUUGCGCUAGUCGGGACCUUAACCGGACAGCUGGUUUUCGGGUGGCUUGGGGAUAUACUUGGGAGGAAAAAGGUUUAUGGGCUUACUUUGGUUCUUAUGGCAGUUUGUGCUAUAUGCUCGGGCUUGACAUUUGGGUACAGUCCUAAAGCUGUUAUGACUACACUUUGCUUCUUCAGGUUCUGGCUUGGAUUUGGGAUUGGUGGCGAUUAUCCCCUCUCUGCCACGAUCAUGUCGGAAUAUGCCAACAAGAAAACCCGUGGUACAUUUAUAGCGGCGGUGUUCGCUAUGCAAGGUGUUGGAAUCAUCUUUGCUGGGAUGGUAUCGAUGAUUCUAUCUGGAGUAUUUCUCAGGUCCUAUAGGGGUAAAACUUUCUUGGAAGAUGCCGUUUUGUCAGCUGAGCCCGAGGCUGAUUAUGUAUGGCGAAUUGUGCUCAUGCUCGGGGCUCUUCCUGCGAUUCUCACCUAUUAUUGGAGAAUGAAAAUGCCAGAAACCGGUCGGUACACGGCAAUAAUCGAGGGAAAUGCAAAACAAGCUGCAUCGGAUAUGGGGAGAGUCCUUGAUAUAGAAAUUCAAGCCGAGGAAAUGGAGGUAGAUGAGAUCGAAGCAGUGCUUGAAAAAAUCUGGGAUUUACACGACAAGCUCAGCGAUGCCAUUCACUCAAUUUCUUGGGCCCACUUCCUGAACUCGGUCAAGAAUCCCCGUAAAUUCACCCCCUCCGGUGAAUCCUAUUUCUACCGAAAAUGUCAAGCCGCCGCCGAAGAUUCCGACAACAAUCCUGGGUCGGGUUUUGUAUUCGUGAAGGAAUUCCGGGUCGAGGACGAUGAAUUGGCCCUUCAGGAAGCCAAGAGUCUCUAUGCCAUUCGAACUGCGCUCGAGAAUCUUGAAGAUCAGCUGGAAUUUUUCCAUAUGGUACAAACACAGCAACAGGGUGAGAGAGAUGCUGCAAUUGCUCGUUUAGAGCAAAGUCGUAUUGUUCUUGCCUUGAGAUUGGCUGAACAUCAAGGUAAGAAGUAUAAAGUCAUUGAAGAAGCACAAGCUUUAGUGGGUGCUGUGCAAGAUGCUGGUCAAUUCAUUUCACCAGAAAAUCUCUAUGGUCCAAGCGCAUACCCUUCUGGUCGAAGCUUUGAAGCUCAAGAAUCAACGAGGUCAAAUGUUCUUGUCAAUUUUCUUCUCUCCGGUUUAAAUUUUGUUUCGAAGUCCCUCAAAUUGGAUCACCUGGGUAAGAUAAUGGGGAAUUCUGCUUUGGUUGCUCUCAGCAUGCUUGCAUUAAUGCGUCUCAGCCAACUCGGUUGCAAGGACAAAUAUGUCUUGGACGCCCCUCAGAUACACGGUCAUGCCGCCUAUGGCAGAGACACAAGAGUUUCUCAUCAGCAUGGUCGACUAUCUGGUCGUCAUUCUUUACAGUUUGAUGUCAUGGCAGCUAGGGGUUAAGUUGGAAUCAGAUUUCUGUCUUUGUGUUGAAAGUCAUGCAAAUCCGUCACACAGUUUUAUCCUUGGUGGCUAUGGAGAAUAUGUUAUUUUUGAUAGUUUUAGGUGCGUAGAAAUUCUUGUUGAGUUCAAUUUUCUUGUGUUUUCUGCAUGUGGAAGAGGGAUCUUGAUUUUCCAUAAAUAUAAGGGGGUGUAUUCAUUUGGAACUUUUGAAGACUUUGAUGGAUUUUUUUAAGUGAUGACUUUUGUAGA